GGCACGGCGGCGCUGCCGGGGUUGCCGGGGCCGGGACGGCGGGGCGGCCGCUCCCGGCUGCCAUUUCAUCGCGCCGCCGCUCGGUCCCUCCAUUUUCUCUCCGGCUGCCGGCGCUGCCGGCCCCGGCCCCGCCGCCGUCCCGGCCCCGCCGCCCCCGCGCCCGCCGCCCCCCCCCCCUCCAUGUAGCCCCGCGGCAGCCCCCCCCCCCCCCGCCGCCCCGCACACGCCCAGCCGCGGGGCCGCCUCCCGGCAUGAGGAGCUGCAAGAUGGUGCGGGUGGCCAGCGUGCUGGGGCUGGUGAUGCUGAGCAUCGCGCUGCUCAUCCUCUCCCUCAUCAGCUACGUCUCGCUCAAGAAGGACAACAUCUUCGGCGCGCCCCGCGCCGCCGGCCCGGGGGGGCCACGCAUGUACAUGUUCCACGCGGGAUUCAGGUCCCAGUUCGCGCUGAAGUUCCUGGACCCUUCCUUCGUCCCCAUCACGAACUCCCUGACCCAGGAGCUGCAGGAGAAGCCCUCCAAGUGGGCCUUCAACCGGACCGCGUUCGCUCAUCAGAGGCAAGAAAUCCUUCAGCAUGUCGACGUAAUAAAAAAUUUUUCUUUGACCAAGAAUAGCGUUCGGAUUGGACAGCUGAUGCAUUAUGAUUAUUCCAGCCAUAAGUAUGUUUUCUCUAUCAGCAAUAACUUCAGAUCACUGCUUCCCGAUGUGUCGCCGAUCCUGAACAAGCAUUACAACAUUUGCGCCGUGGUUGGAAAUAGUGGGAUCCUGACCGGGAGUCAGUGCGGGCAAGAAAUAGAUAAAUCUGAUUUUGUUUUUCGAUGCAAUUUUGCUCCAACUGAGGCUUUCCAAAAAGAUGUCGGAAGGAAAACCAAUCUUACGACCUUCAACCCCAGCAUCCUGGAAAAGUAUUACAACAAUCUUUUGACCAUUCAGGAUCGCAACAACUUCUUUUUAAGUUUGAAAAAGCUUGAUGGGGCCAUUCUUUGGAUCCCCGCUUUUUUCUUCCACACGUCAGCAACGGUCACGAGAACACUGGUUGACUUCUUUGUUGAGCAUAGAGGGCAACUAAAGGUCCAGUUGGCUUGGCCAGGAAAUAUAAUGCAGCAUGUUAACAGAUACUGGAAGAACAAACACUUGUCACCCAAGCGGCUGAGCACAGGUAUUCUCAUGUAUACCCUUGCUUCUGCCAUAUGUGAAGAGAUCCACUUGUACGGAUUCUGGCCCUUUGGGUUCGACCCCAACACGAGGGAGGACCUCCCGUACCACUACUAUGAUAAGAAGGGAACAAAGUUCACGACCAAGUGGCAGGAGUCCCACCAGCUGCCUGCAGAGUUCCAGCUGCUCUACAGGAUGCACGGUGAAGGACUGGCCAAACUCACCUUGUCGCAUUGUGCCUAAGAACCUAAAUCUUGAAGUGCCAAAUGAUUGUCUAAAAAGUGCCCAAAACCGAAUUAAACAUUCUUCAGAUGUAAUUCUAAAAAAAAAAAAAAAACCACCCUAAAAUAUUUUCCAUAAUAUAAAGAUGCUUUUUAGUCACCCUCAUCAAAGGGUUUAAGCAUAUUUAGCAGUGCAGAAGCAUUUAUCAAAUUCUGUGGAUGCUGUUCAUGCAGCAGCAAAUUUGAAAUAUUUUGCAUUUAUAGAUAUGCCGCUAAGUAUGUUUUAAGAUAUUUUCGUAUUUUAGCAUUCAACUAAAUGCCCUAAAUCUCUUAAUUUUAUUGUUCCUUCCCGAUUAGAACUAGAAAUGCUAAUUUUAAAAGGUUUUGCUUCUUUUGUAUAUGUUGCUAUCAAUAGCUCAGCGUACAUAUAUUGCCGUGGCCAAUCGAGAAAGCCACUCUGAAUUCCAGUUCAUCGUCACUUGCAAGUUCUUCAGCGUGGAUCCUGAUUUCCACCGCUUGCAUAUUUUCAUAUUUACUGAAUUUUACAUUUUUUAAAGAAUAAUGUGAAGAAGGUCACAAUAUGGCUCAUACCUUAGCUAGGCGUUUAUAUCACUCUCAGAAUACUUCAGCGUUUUAAUUCAAUUCGGGCCAGAUCCUGGUCCAAAUUAGACAGGCUGAAACAUGGUCAUUCCCAUCUGUGUGAUACUAUUUGAUUUUAAAGUGAAACCACCACAAUAAAGAGCAUUAGGCUUCUCUGGA